UUUUUUUUUUGGUUGUUUUUGAAAAUCGUGCGACAAUGAUGUGUACGUGUGCAAUAUUAUUUUAGCGAGCCAUUUAAACAUUUCUCUAGUGUUGGCCAAUACAAACAGCAACAGCUACGACAACUACGAUUGCUUCGAGUACGACGACUAACCAGAAAGAUCAAAUAUUAUAUUGUGAAUAAAAUAAAAGGAAAAUAAUAAAAAAAAGAAGCGAAUACACUAUACGGUUUAUAUCCAUCGGUUUUUUUUUGUAUAUGUUCGUCCCAUAAACAAUUGCUUGACACAGGGAUUUGAAACAAAAACAACACGCAUCAUCUUGACAAUUUCUUUUCUUUUAUUCUGAAGCAAAUGUUAUAAGUUCUUUUCGCACUCGCUGUGGCUUUUAACAGCAGAGACGACACGACACACACACACGAAAAAAAAGAGUGAAAAACGAUCUCGCAUGUGAGCGAUAGAAAGAGAAAGAGCGCGCGCGUUUUGUUUGGAAUUUUAUUGCCAUUUUCUGCUCGCAUAUCUAUAUACACCAGAUUGUUUUGUACCAACUUGCAUGUGGUGCCAAUAAUACGAAAUACCCAUGUCAGUGGAUGUGAAUGGAAUAAUAAUAAAAAUAAAAAAAAACAACAACAUGAAUAUUUCGUAUUAAAAUCAUACAAAACGUACACGAACUAGAAUCACCGCCAGAGAGCAAAAGAAAAUAGAAAGAGCGAGCGCAUAGCGCAUUAGAGCAGCAACAAAAAAAAAUUUCAAAUCAUCGGAGCCGAAAAAGCAUCAAGUUGAAGAGCCAAAGUGAGUGAACGCCAUCAAGAACAGAUCAAUCGUAACAACAAAAACAAACUUUUAAUAAUGUGAAAGAUACCGACAUCAUGACAAUCUUAUCUGUUUGCAACGGAUGUCAUGAUGUUUGCUUACCGGAAAAAGUUUAAAUAUCCAAUUAAUUAUAUCGAAGCAGCAGCACAGUAAUAGUCGGCAUUAAAAGGGAAAAUCAUCUUGAAUCAUCUUGCAAAAAAAAAAAAUAUUUAUUUUUCUGCUCUUGCUCAAGCGAACGCGCGGAUUCGUGUUUUUUUUAUUAUCUUUCGUUCAAACAAAGGAGUCUUUGUGUAAUACUACAAUUGUUUUGUACAAACUAAGCGUUUAAAGAGAAAAUAGUGAGUGUAUUUUAAUCGUUUCGGUUUUCAUGUUGAAGUGCAACAAUUUAGUGGAAUUGAAUUGGCAUUAUUAACACAAAAGAAUAUACUGUACAUCACAUAUUGGAUUCAUUGUGCAAUUGAGAGUAUUAAUCAAGUAAAACAAAAACCGAGAGGAAAAAAAUUCAAACGAAAAAAAAGAGUAUUAAAAGAGAGGGAGAUAUAAAAAAUAUAUAUAUAUAAAGGCAAAGAGUUAAAAUACCCAGAAACAGAGAGAAGAGAAUAUUGAAAUAAAUCAUGGGGAAACCAAUGAAUCCUCCAGAGAAAGCUGGAGGCUUGCCGCCGAAUCAAAAAACUGCACAGUCCAACAGCCAAACAAAUUGUGAACGUAGUUCAAUAACCAACAAUAGUGGAAAUGUUCUCGUUUAUGUAAUAUUAAUCGUUUCGUUGAGUUUUUCUGCAUAUAUAUUUCUACGACAAACACAUUUUGAAAAUAGAAUUCGACAAUAUCAAUCGUUAGACAAACGAAUAUCGAUACUUGAAAAUAAAUUGAAACUAUUUCCGUUGGCAUUCAUAAAUUCGUUGGCAAAAACGGCUGAUACGUUACCAUCGUCGUCAUCGUGGUCAGCGACAACAAUGAUACCAAACAAUGCACAAGAAUCAACAGUGCCCGAAAUCGAUUUUACGAAUGCAGGCGUUAAUGCUGAUGAUGAUGCCGAUAACGAUAAUGGUCAAAUUGCUGCCCAUAUUUUACAAAAGUUAUCCUUACAAGUAUCGGGAAUACAACGUUUACGUCGCGACGUUUCUCACUUGAAAGCAUCUAGGCGUGGUGAGCGACAAGCAUCUGUUCAUCCAACGGAUUGUUCAUGUCCACCAGGACCACCGGGCCCACCGGGUAAAAGAGGAAAGAAAGGAAAGAAAGGCGAUGCUGGCGAACCGGGACCACCGGGCGUGCAGGGGCCACCUGGAAAAAAUGGUUAUGGCUUGCCGGGCCCUAUCGGAUUAGAUGGACCUAAAGGCGAACCGGGUCUUCCGGGUGAAAAGGGACAGAAAGGUGACUUGGGUCAGCCGGCCAUCGAUGUUUUCCAAGCAGUCAAGGGACUCAAAAGAUCAGUUACAACAUUACGCGGUGGCUCUCUAGGCUAUGCAGAAAUUGUUGCCGUCAAGGGUGAAACCGGAGAGAGAGGUCCGCCCGGUCCACCAGGAAUUGGUGUCGCAGGUAUACCAGGUCAUGAUGGCAGACCAGGUGCACCCGGCGAACGUGGUCCAGCAGGCGAACGUGGUCCGGCAGGCGAAAGGGGCGAAAAAGGAGAAGUGGGACCCGAAGGACCGCCGGGACCAAAGGGUGAUCAGGGUGACAAAGGUGAUAGAGGCUUAACGACAACAUUCAAAGGCGAUCAAUUCCCGACUGGAAUCAUUGAAGGACCACCCGGCCCACCAGGCCCAUCUGGACCGAAAGGAGAAAAAGGCGAUAUUGGUCCACAAGGUCCACAAGGACUUCAAGGUGAAAAAGGUCCGCGUGGCAAGCGAGGUAAACGAUUGUUUGGCCAAGGCAAGGAAAACGAGUACGAUGAUGAUAUAACAGUGAUCCGUGGACCUCCCGGCCCACCCGGAAUAGACGGAAAAGACGGAAAAGAUGGUACCAAGGGAGAAAAAGGUUCGCCAGGUGAACCCGGAUCACUCGGACCAAGAGGUUUGGAUGGAUUACCAGGCGAACCCGGAAUCGAAGGUCCUCCUGGCUUGCCGGGAUAUCAGGGACCACCUGGAGAUAAGGGCGAUCGAGGAGACAUUGGUCCACCCGGUCUCAUGGGCCCGCCUGGCUUACCAGGACCACCAGGAUAUCCAGGUCCAAAAGGUGAUAAGGGAGACCGAGGCGAUUCCAAGUAUCGAAAAAUGCGCAGACGGCAAGAGGAAGGAAUGGCUGAUGCACCACACACAAAUCCCAGUUUACACAGUUCUCACAUAGAAUAUCUCAUUGGGCCACCAGGACCGCCGGGUCAUCAAGGGCCACCAGGAGAACGAGGCAUAGAUGGUCGUAAAGGAGAUCGAGGUGAAAAAGGUGCAAAAGGUGACACUGGUUCAAUGGGUUUGCCGGGUCCGGCUGGUUAUAGAGGUGAUUCCGGACCAUCAGGGCCAAUUGGAAAACCAGGAAUGCCGGUUUGGUCGUAUUAAGCUCAAAAUCCAUUCUUAUACAGAAAAAAAAACAAACAAAUACAAAAGCAAAAACAAACAUACACACAAACAAAAAAAAAACACACACACUCUCUCUCGAUACGUAUAAAUAAAUUAGGCUAAAAGAUGAAUUAAGAUUAACCAACCAGGAAGCGUCGGCGUUUUGUUUUCGUUUGGAAAAUGCAUUACUCGCAACCAGCACGUGCGCGCGCGCCCUCAAGCGCAAGGGAAUAGUAUAAUGUUUUUUUUUUUUUGCUUUAGCUAACACAUUCAAUAUAUUUCUAUAUUCUUGUUCCUCUUGCAUGACGAUACACACAAACUUACAUACAUUUCUUUACACACGAACAAUUCAUAGAGAUAAAACAAAAAAAAAAUAAGGAAAGGAACAAAAUAAACCGUCUCAUUGUUAUAUAUAUAGUAUUAUAUUUUAAGAAUUAAUCCUGCCAAAUGAAUUUAAACUGUUCGUUUUGUAUUGGACAUUUCGGAAUAUGUAUCAAACAUCAUUAUUACUAUACUUAUCUUGUUCGAAACGAAAACAUUUUCAUUGAAAAAAAAAAUAUCAAAAAACGUUUUCUAUUAUUUAAACCAUUACCAACUUUUUAUCCAAAAAUUCAACUCUUUUUUAUAAUAUCUUUAAAUUUAUGAAUAUCAAGCAGCUUAAAUGAGGCAGCUAUGCACAGUUCUCAUAUGUUGUAAUCAUUCAUCUAAACAAUUUAAUCUGCCAAUUAAUAUCCAACGAACAAAUUUACAUUUUUCCGGAUUUUUUUUUUCAUUUUGAACAAUUUUCGCACAAAAAGAACAAAAUAUUCGUGUUGGAACAGACACAUAAGCUAAAACUAUGCAAAACAUUCAAUUAAACACGAUAUUAUAAAUGCAAAAAAAAAUCGAGAAUUAGUCAAGGAAUCCGUAUCAAUUAGAUCGCUGUGUAUCCGUGUUGUUGUCGCCGCCAUCGUUGACGGUGCUCGUUUUUCCGGAGCGGAAGUUUAGUCGGAAAUGUGAAUGUGUGAAUUACUUUUUGGAAAUUCACUUGCAUACACACACACACACAUUACACCCAAACCAAAACUUGUAACAAUGAUGUAAUAAACCGAAAUUAUCUUUUUCGGUAAAUUAAAAGAAGUUAUAAUAAUUAAGAUAUGCAUCUUAAGCUUCCCAUUGUGCAAUGUUCGUUGUGUUAUGUUUUCGAUGUGAACUGUGUGUAAAACUGCGUAAACCGUUAUUACCUUCAAGAUAAACGACGCGGUGAAUUGAGCAAAUAGCUUUCGGCUAAAUGUGUUCCACUGACAAUUGCAUUUCGGCGUGUUGUUGUCGAGCAAACGAUUGAAGGAACGGCACGAGGGACCGAACAAGCAUUCAGUGUGUUGUCGGCAUGAAAUCACAUCGCAAUGCAUCGUGUUGUCCAAAUUCGUCAUAUAUGUAUACUGCAUGCAUAGAUAUACUGCAUAUGCAUUUAAAAAAAAAGUGCUUGGAAACGCACGCCAGAUUUAACAAUGAAUAUAAAUCUAAAUGUGUGUAUCACUCUCUAUCGUUCAGUCUUUCUCUGAGGAAAUGCUUUGAUUUUUCCUUUCAAAUGAAUGCCCGUUGUGUUGAACCAUGAUACGCUCAAACAACAAUAUCCUCAUAUGGAACAUUUACUUUGAUAUCACACAACACAUUAUCUCUCAUUGCACUACAGAGAUAUCUCUCGAGGUAUUUGCCAUACGAGAGGAAGAAGAGAGAAAGAGAGAAAGAGAGAGAAAACGCACACACGAUAUAACGAAGACUGAAUUUUAAUUCAUCUCACUGUUUCUCUACAUUUUACCGCCCGCCGCGUCCCGCUUUUUCGAAAUUGUUAUUUUUAUCUUGGUAGAAAUGUGCCCAAUCUAGCAAAAAAAAAGUGAUAUAAAAAAAGAAGAGAGAGAAAAAAAACACUAAUAUAACAAAACUUGGCGCGGAGAAUGGUAAAGUUUUCGAAUUGUUGAAACAAUAACUGAACAUUUCUCCGCGCAUUUACAUCAUUUUUCAUCCACUCAACGUAAAUAAAAUAUGAACGGUCUCAUUAUCAUUUCACAAAUAUACAGAAAGCAGACACAUUACAAAAUGUGCGAUUUCAUUUUGAAGGGUUUCCAUCCAUUUAUUUCUCUCUCUCUCUCUCUCGUUCUCUGUAUAACUGUAUGUUUUGUGAACGUGCUGUUUUUUUCCUCUCCAUUCACAUUCUAUUCUACUCUGUCUGACUCUGUGUUUUUCCGUUUCUGUUGCUCUUUCAAUUUGUGGCGCUGUUCAAGUGAAAAAUACAAACAUAAACAUUCAGCUGAAUGACGUGUCAUGUAAUACCCUCGAUUCCAUUUCGCUAGCGCUUAAUAAUGCAAGCAAACAAGUGCAAUUUUCGACGACUGUUUCAAAACCAUUUUGCAUGACAUUUUGUAGUAUUAACCGGCAUAUCAAUGAACAACAUUAUGAUCGGCUCAUAUGUGUUUGAGCCAAUAUUAAAAUUGUAUUCACCAUUCACCCGAUAUUAUAUGAAAGAGUAAGCAUGUGAUUCAGUAUAUGUGGAACAGGUGUAAUUCAAUGUAAAUGUAUACGAUGAAAAUAGUUGCAAAACAUUUUUUUAUUCAUUUGAAAUAUGAUUGUGCAAACGAUUUCGAUUUUUUCGUGAAAACAUGGAAACUUCAUGGUUCAUUUCUUUAUCUCCGUUGUGGUUGUUGUUGUUACCGAUUUUGUUGGCAAAACGAAGUUAUUGAAAUGGCAAUCGUUUCGAUUGAAAAGACCAUGUUUCAAAUGAAGCGAGUAAAAAGUUUUUGCUAUGUGAAUGAGAUAAAAAAAAGAUGAUGUCAAAUGACAACAAUUUUUGGAUGGACAGGCGAAGCCUAAAACCAUUCCGUAAUAAAUUUCUUAUGUAUGGUAAACGAUAACAAGAUUUCCCAUUCGUUUUCGACCAUUGAAAAUUGAACACUAUUGAAUGGUCAUUUUUCACCAUUUCAUACAACUCAAUCGGAACCCGUUUUCAACCCUUUUUCAUUCACUUGUUUUCACUUUGAAUUUAUAUCCACAACUUGUAUGUUUUCCUCGUUUCAAAUAAAAUGAAAACAACAAUAACAACAACAAAAAUACAAACUUUACCACAAUAUUGCAAUCGAGUUUUGUAUGCUACCGUUUCUCACUCUCGUUUUGCUAUCUUUAAAUGCAGUUUUUGUAUCUUUUUUCCCAAAUAAAUCUUCACUUGUAUCACUUAUCACUAAGUUUUUGUUUUCAUACGUGAUUAUGACCUGGCCAAAUUGUGUGGGAUUGUUGAAGCAACAGUUCAUUCUCAUUCUCGUUGUGCUUCUGUUUAUUUUUCAAUAUGCACUCCUUCCACACGUUCAAUUCUACCAUAUUCACAGCCCAAAUAUUUUAUCGGCUCCUGAAUUUUGCGCAGAAUUUCAAAUAUGCUUUCAGUUGAAUUGGAUGCAGCUAAUUUGUUGCAUAUAAUGUAUGCAUAUGCAUACGGUACAUGCACCAUAUAGCUUCCGAUGGCAGUGUGAAUGCGGUAAAUUAUGUGAAGGGCGUGCUUUACAAAACUUUUGACAAACUCACAUAUUCAAUGGAAUUAAACAGUUCUACCCCUCGAUUGGACGACCGAAAAAAAAUAAGAUGUGAAUUCUCGAACAAAACUGUGCAUUCGGUAAAAUAGCCAUUACAAACUCGAUCAUGAAUAUUUUUCAUGAGAAAAAUCCAUUUUUUUUCUCUGCCAUUUUCGUUUGUUGUGUGUCUCUUUUUCUCUCGAUUUGCCGAACAUCUCGUCGAUAAUGAAUGCCGAAGUCAGUCUAUGUAUUUUGGAUGGAUAUCCAUCCGAGAUAUUUUAGAAUAUCUGGAUAUUUAAUGCAACUGCACAGAGCCAGAGCUGUCGCACAUAUAAUCUACGGUAUGUCGCUACACGAAAAAUACAGACACAGUGUGACUGUGUACGUGUGGAACUUGAUACAUAUAUACCGAUGCACACAGCUCUGGCGCUGUGCAGUUGCGUUGAAUAUCCAGACAUUCUAAAAUAUCUCGGAUGGAUAUCCAUCCGAAAUACAUAGACUGGCCGCAGUUGCCCGGAAGAUGCAAUUGGCUGUGUAAAUGAAAUGUUCUUUUAACGAUAUGCUUCAUAUGGAAUUUAACAUACCCUCUCACAUUCAUUUCACAUCCACCAUGGUACGAUGCGCUCCAUUCGAGCCCAUCAUUCGAAAUAUGUUUAACUCAUGGUUCAAUGCAGUACAAUUGCAUUGAAAUGAUGACAGAUUCGAAUAUUGCGAUAACACAGACACACAACAUUGGCAUAUUUAAAAUGAAUAGAUGAGGGGACAUGCAUGGCCGAAAACCAUAAUAUUACACCAUAGGCAAAGUUUAAUCAUGUUUUCUGUAAAAGUUUUGCCAUGAAUUUUGAUAAAUAUAUCAACAAAAUGUGACGGUGUUGAACAUAAAACACAAGUAACUUUUCGUGCACCGUAUGUGGUAAAUGCUGUUUCUCUCACUCUCACACAUUUCUUCCAUUUAAUAUGUGUUACGCUUGUGGAAAAAGUCCAUUUGCAUUGUCACCAAUUAUAAAUAGAAUUAUCGAGACUUUGGUCGACAUUUUUUCUCCCCAUUUGCGUUAAACUAUGCACAUUGAGUUUGAGAGCGUUUUUAAUUUGAAUGUAUGGUAAACGAGAUAGAAACAACAAAAAAAAAGAGAUGAGAAUGCGAUUAAAUGAAUGCCUGCCAAAUUUAAUUUUGGAAAAUAUAGGGGAAACAACGAUACGAAAACGUACGAAUUCACAACAAUAUCCAUGAUGCACAAAUCUGCUAGUGACAAUAUCCGGAAAAUGAAACCAUCGAAAUUAUGGAAUGUGGCCAAAAAAAAGAGGAUCCGAGCCACGAUGAGAUGUGUAUUGAAUUUUACCACAUUUUGCCGAUGCUUUCAAAAAUUCAAAACGCAUUAUUAUUCAAAUGACGCACAUUUUCCUUAUCUGAUUUUCUAUUGAAUCAAAGGGAAUUGCAGAAAUCAAUGGUUGCACAUUCUCUCCAAAGUGCUUGAGGUUUAUUACGCGCAACCCCUUUCGCAUAUUUUGCUUUCUCUCUCCAUCUAUCUAUCACUUUUUGUAUAUCAUGGUGUAAUUCCCAAUUGUGUGUUUCCGGAUCUCAUCACCGCUUUCUCUUUGACAAUGUCUCUUUUUCUCUCUUUUCCUCUCUAUCAUAUAUGAUUUUGUGAUCUUUAUGUGACCAUACCUCUCGGAAGAAGCUAUCGUAUACACGUGUCAUGGCACGUGCCAAUUUCGAAUCAAUGAAGUGUUCGUUGUUUCUUAUCACACAGAAACUUUUUGCCAUACACCAAUAAACUGCAAUCGUGAUGUGUGUGCGUCGCAUUGUCAUAACUGCAUAUCAGUGCGGUAUGCAUAAUAUUUUACAUGGCCUGACAUUUUCGAUACACAAAUGACACCAAAAGAGAAACGGGAACAAAAGCAACGGAAACAAAGAACGAUGUAAAAUCACACAACUGAUUGUGGAUUAACAACCACAGCAGUGAACGUGGAAACACUCUUGGUUUCCGGGACGCGUCUCCCUCCCUCUCCGCAUCUCUCUGGUGUAAUUCCCUGUGUGUAUGUGUAUGAUUUUCGAUUUAUUCAUCGUGUCACUGAAUUCUGGUCAUGCCCCAGAAAAAGAGAGUGAUUAAAGAGUGGUCAUCGAUUGUCAGUCAGCAUACUUCCAUCCGUUCAUUGAAUUUUAAUUUGGCACCACAAACAUUGCAAUAUGUAUGAUUCAACGGAAGACAACUACACAAAAACAACCAAAUUCACACUGUACAUGGUGAACAUAUCCGAAUGAUGUAUAUCGUUGAGAUUUUAGUGAUUAUACAAAUCAAUUAUUAUUUAUAUAUGCAGGUUGAAAAAAUCAAAUCAAAACAGAGAUAGGAUCGACAAAAAAAAUGCAUUUUCAUUAAACGAAACCCUUGCAAUUUUCACGCAGUAUGAAAUUUGCAAGUUGUUUUUUGCUCGAUCGUGUCAAAUACACGCCAAAAUUAAUGGAAAAUCGUCUUUUUGUCAUUGUGUACGAUAUGCACAUAGAUGAAUAAAUACAUGCGAUAAAUACAUACGAAAAUUACUCAAUAUUUCAUGGUGUUUUAAUGAAAUUUUUUAUCCCAUUUCGUCCACUUUUAUCAAAUAAUAAUUCGUUGUUUUUUUAAGUUAAUGUUCAAUCUAAUAUUAGAGAUGGCCAACAAAAAUACAACGUGUAUUAAAAUAAAUAUCAAACAAUGUAACCAUUUAAAAUUUAAUAAAAAAAAGAAAAUAUUCGAGCUUCUGUGUUCGAAAUUGAAUAAUGUUUGCAAAGGAAGACGCUUGAAUUUUUGCACAAGACACUCAAUCAUUUAAAAUGAAAAUUAUCAAUUUUCAAAGUAAAACUUUAUGACUGACAUGGCGGUAUAGAAAGAAAUAGAAAAAAAGAGUGAGAGAGAGCCAAUCUCCGAGAUCUCUUCUUCUUCUAUCUUGUCCAAACAAUGAAAAGAGUUGUUUAAAUUCACAACAUAAACUAUGUGAAACUCAGUACAAAUUGCUUAAACGGCUGCCGUAUAAAGUCCUGUACGGAAAACUUCAUUCACACUUUUACUUCCAACUCAUACAUUAUACACAUUCAUACACACACAAAGACACACACACUUACAUAGAACUUGUGCGAAAAAAUGAAACCAUGAAAUCAUAAAAACGAAUUACACGAAAGUGUAAAAUUCAAAAAAAAAAAUUAUAUAUAUAUAAAACGAAACGUAGCAAGUGGUUAAAAAUAUAUGAUGAAAUUGUGUAUAUUUUCUGAACAAAUGUACAAUGUACAUUCUGCUAACCGAUCAAGAACAAAAAUGCUGAAGAAACAGACGAAUGCUAGGGACGAUAGAAAACGAAAAUGAUGAAAGGAACGAAAUUGCAACAAUUAUUGAGAUAUACGAAAAAAACGAAGGGCACCGAAACUGUGUGCGAACUCCAUAGACUCUUUCAUUGCACAACUUUUCUCGGAGGGUUUAAAGUCAAAUAAACUUAAUUUUAAGACGUGGUAAUGUGAAAUUUUCCAUCCAAAAAAACGUAAAAAAACAAAUAGAAAGUAAGAACAAACAUAAGAGAAAGAAGUUAAAGUUGAUUAAUUUAUAUGACAAAACACAGAAGAAGCAGAAGAAGAAGAAAAAAAAAAUUAUAUAAGAAACUCUCAAAACGAAACGAACGAAGUAAAAAUUAUCAGAGGCACCGGUAUGCGGUGUCACGUAGAUAUUGCAUUUUUAUGUACAUUUUUUUUCGUUUUGAUUUUUCAAACCAUUCGAUUUAUUUAGAAUAUUUUCAUUUGGAAUCAUUUUUUUUAUAAUCGGUCGAUGUAAGAGACAUUUCUUAACCCUCGUAGUAGCUCAUUUUUUUUAUUCUUCAAUCAAACGAAUUAGAGCAAAGAAAACCGCAUUCGAAUCUUAUUUAAUAUUAAAUAGAAUAGCCAAUUUUCAUUCAUCAUAAUCAACUUCUAUUUGGUCGAUGACAACCUCACAGCAAAUGCAUAUGAUUCAUCGAGUAAAUUUGCAUCGGACUAAAAAUUGACCCAACAAG